CUGCUGCUGACAGUGCGUCACCCCUUUUAGUGGGGGACAUCAAGAGGAGGAGCUUUUCGAAGAGGAGGGAGAGUGGAACUGCAGUAAGCUCUGAAGUGAUCUCACCAGGAGGAAAGAGGAUAAACUGAAUCACCAGCAUCAUCCAUCACACAGCGCCGACACGACUCAUCUGGAAAUCAGAGGGAACCGUCCAUCAUCAGAGUCCCUUUCACACAGCCUUGGAAGGACAUCCUCCUCCGGACCAAAAUGAAGAUGGAGAUCCAGAGCCCUCAAGAUCAAGAGCGUGACCACAGCGGCGAGGAGAAAGAGAAGAUGUCGUGGAGAGAGAAGGAGGAUUGGCAGCACAGGAGGGCUGAGAAGAAGCUGCUGGCCUUCUGGAUGUCCUUGUCCCACAGGACCUGGAAACUCCUCAGACCCAGAGAGAGAGCCGGCUUCCAGAGAUCCACCUCGGCCGCCCGGCUGCUGAAGAGCGAGGCAUAAAGAGGAGACUAAGUGUGUGUGUGUGUGUGUGUGUGUGUGUGUGUGUGUGUGUGUGUGUGUGUGUGUGUGUGUGUGUGUGUGUGUGUGUGUGUGUGUGUGUGUGUGUGUGUGUGUGUGUGUGUGGCUGUAGAGAGUGAAUGUGUGUAUGUGUGGGUGGAGCAGAGUGUCCAAAGAGGCCUUGCAGACCUGCUGUCAAGUGGACCUGUGUGUGCGUGCGUGCGUGCGUGCGUGCGUGCGUGCGUGCGUGCGUGCGUGCGUGUGUCUUGUAACAUUUAAGUGGAUGAAAGCAGCUUCCUCUGAUUAGUCCACCAUUUCGAAAAGUGACAUCUGAAGGGCAAAACAAGCUGGUAGAGUUUUCAUAGAGAAUGUUUCCAGCAAGGAUCCAUCAGCUGUGACUUAAAAAAAAAAAUAGAAAUCUACUUCUCCGUCUUGUUAGUGUACCCACUGUCGAAAUGGAUCAUACCAUCAUUCUCAAAUCAGCUUGAAAACCCCUCAAAACCCCUAUUUUUUGGGGGUGAGCACAGAAGAGCCCUUCUUCCUUAACCGAACACUACAAUGAUGGGGUAACCGGGGGUUCAGCCAUGGUGGUGACCCAUCUCUCUCUGGAGCUGCGUUUCCAGGGGAGGAAGCUGAGGGGCUUCAGGUGUAAGCUGACCCGCUCUGCACACGGCUUACUGUCCGAGAGCUCAUGGAGCAUCGCCGCACAGAUCCUGCUGCCAUACCUGGUGUCCGGCAUGGGCAUGGUGGCCGCCGGGAUAGUCAUGGAUGUAGUGCAACACUGGGAGGUGUUCAGGGAGAUCUCGGAGGUGUUUAUCUUGGUGCCGGCACUGGUGGGGCUGAAGGGGAAUCUGGAGAUGACACUGGCAUCCAGACUGUCAACAGCAGCUAACACAGGGCAGCUGGACGAGGCUCAGCAGCAGUGGAGGAUGGUGUUCUGCAACCUGGCUCUCAUUCAGGUGCAGGCCACAGUCGUGGGCUUCCUGGCGGCCAUUGCUGCAGUGUGUCUGGGGGGUUUGACCCGGGGGAGGGUGGAUGGGACUCAGGCUGCCGUCCUCUGUGCCAGCAGUGUCACCACGGCUUUCAUCGCAGCGCUGUCUCUAGGGGUGGUGAUGGUGGCAGUGAUCAUUGGAUCCAGGAAGGUGGGCAUCAACCCGGAUAAUGUGGCCACACCCAUCGCCGCCAGUCUGGGAGACCUCAUCACUCUGUCGCUGCUCGCCGGUGUCAGCAACCUCUUCUUCUGUUACAGAGAUGUCUGGUUCCUGCCUCCUGCAGUGUGUGUCUUCUUCCUGCUUCUCAUCCCAGUGUGGGUCAUCAUCGCCCGUCGCUCUCCACCAAUCAGAGAGGUCCUGAAGUCCGGCUGGCAGCCCGUCAUCAUGGCCAUGUCCAUCAGCAGUAUUGGCGGUCUGAUUCUGGAUAAGACGGUGAGCAAUCCAAACUUUGAAGGGAUGGCCGUGUUCACUCCGGUAAUCAACGGUGUAGGGGGAAAUCUGGUGGCCAUCCAGGCCAGCAGGAUGUCCACAUACCUGCACUGCUGGACUGUUCCUCGAGUUCUUCCCGUUACGAUGAGUGGAAACUGUCCCGGACCCUGUGCUACACUCUGCUCCUCAGAUGUAAACUCCAAAUCCGCCAGAGUCCUGGUUCUUCUCGUGGUCCCGGGUCACCUCCUCUUCCUCUACACCAUCCACCUGCUGCAGGGCGGCCACAUCGCCAUGACGCCCACCUUCAUCACCUGCUACCUGUGUGCAGCGCUGCUUCAGGUGGUGAUUCUGCUCAACGUGGCCAGCCUGAUGGUGCGCUGGCUGUGGCGAAGAGGUCUGGAUCCAGACAACUUCUCCAUCCCUUACCUCACGGCUCUGGGCGACCUGCUGGGGACGGGCUUCCUGGCUCUGAGCUUCAGACUGAUUCAGAUGUUCAGUUCUGCCGGGACUUGAGUUUGAACACAGACACCCUGAGGGCAUUGUUCUCUAUAUGCAGUGGCUGCUGAAACACCCUUGCAAAAAGCUCAUUGGGUCUCAGAAGGAAGGUGCUAAUUAGAAAACAGCUGUUAUAUGUGUGCCUCAAAAAAGUGGCUCAAACAAACACAGAAUGUGGGGAUGAAAAAGUGGACUUUUGAUCUCCUUAUUUGCUAAUACCGUGCAGUAGUUGUGCUCUGUACCAAUCAAUAAACCUCCAGCUUGGCUCUGUAGAAACAGCCACUGUUACACAUCUGUACUCCUAUUAGACUGCAAAAGGUAGUAUUAAAGGUAGGCGUCAGAUGUUUUGUAGUGGGGACGUAUGAGGAACUUAUCCAUAGUCAGUGUGUUACAAUCAUAAGAAGCGGUCAGCCGGCCCACAUCUGCAUUUAAUUUAUUUAAAUGUAAGAUGUAUUAAGAAUAUCUUCCCCUCUUCACCGACAGGAAACUGAACUUGUUUUCUUCCGUGACAUCACUGUGUAACACUCGUGCUUCUAUUGUCUAGCGCUCCAACCAGGCUCCAACACAUUGUACUAGUAGGCUAAAGGGGCGGGACAGCUCUAAGCGGUUGACCAAUCACAACAGAGCCGGCCAGCUGACCAAUCAAAGCAGAAUCUGGGCUCUGGUUUCAGACAGGGUGAAAAGAGGUGCUGCAGCACAGGCAGUAUGAGAAAAAUAAAGAGCUUCCUGAACAUUUAGAAAGGAGAUAGUCACAGUAGAGUCACAAAAUACUGAUAUGAACCUGAAAAUGAGCAGAAUAUGGCCCCUUUAAAGUGAAAUGUAUUGUUUUAAGUAGCUGAAGUAAGUUUUGGUUACAACCUCAAAGCGCUUUACACCACACAAACUUACCUACUGAUGGCAGAGACUACCAAACAAGGUGCCACCUGCUCAUUAGAAGCAAUAAACACACACACACACCACCUGGAGCUCUUCGGGGUUCAGUAUCCCUCCUGUCUGUCUGUCACUGACUGUAGAUAAGCACCAAAUACCGCCUCAUAAUGUCAGAAAUAUCCCUUUAAGGCAAUAAUUAUAUAUAAAUGUGUAAAUGUCUAUCAACACAAACAGAUGCUGCACCGUCAUGAUGAAUGUUUAUUUCCUGUAGUCUAGGUUUGUGCCUUUUAAGCCGUGAUGAGCCUUUAUUCCUUUCUCUCCUGGGGUUUUUAUGAACUCUGGUAUUUGUAUUCUUUGUGCAGCACAGUCUGUUGUAUUUAAAUAUAUAUUUUCUGUUCUAUUUUUGUCAACAAAUGAGUUAGUAUGCACCUCUCUAAUAUGGUAAUGGUUUGAUAUGCACUUUUAGAAGAAAUGCUCGUCUUUACUGACCGGGGAACGGCCUCCAAAGAUGGUCCUAUUUUCACAUCAAGCACGACUGAAGGAAAUCAAGGCCUAAUGUGUCAUUGAAAUAAACAACUGAAUUCUUUACUCUGAAGGAUAUCUGUGUAGUGUGUCAGGUAGAGGGGGUGCUACUUAAAAAGCUAUUUCCAAACCAAUAAACACAACUUUUUUUUGCUGAAAUGCAUUUAUUGGAAAAUUGUGAGAGAAACUAUAUAUCUAUUUUGGUUUGUCCGACCGGAGGAGUCAGCAAUAAUACA